CUCUCUCUCUCUCUCUCUCUCUCUCUCUCUCUACGACCUCCCCUUUUUCUCCUAUACUAAGUUUCCUUCCCCCCCUCUUCUUCUUCGCUUCCGACGCCGCGGCGAGGGUUUUCGCUACCGCCGCCGCAGCAACAGGGGAUCUCCAGGCAAAAGGACCUGGACCCUGAUUUUCUACUAUGUUGGUUCUAUAUUAUUCUUACAAUCUUUAAAAGUCCAUAUGGCCAGUUUUCCACUUGGCGGCUCUUCACGUCAUGUAAUGUCAAAAGGUGGACCAUAUGGUAGUUCUCACGAAAGACCGGAAGAGCCAGAACCAUCUGGUGCUGGAUGGUAUUUUUCAAGGAAGGACAUUGAGGAAAAUUCUCCAUCUAGGCAAGAUGGCAUCGACUUGAAGAAAGAAACUUAUCUUCGGAAAUCAUAUUGCACACUUUUGCAGGAUUUAGGCAUGAGACUUAAAGUACCUCAGGUGACAAUAGCUACUGCGAUAGUAUUUUGUCAUCGAUUUUUCCUUCGCCAAUCCCAUGUGAAGAAUGACAGGAGGACAAUUGCCACUGUAUGCAUGUUCCUCGCAGGGAAGGUUGAAGAAACUCCUCGCCCAUUAAAGGAUGUUAUUCUUGUUUCUUAUGAAAUUAUCCACAAAAAGGAUCCUUCUGCUAUCCAGAGAAUCAAGCAGAAGGAAGUAUAUGAGCAGCAGAAAGAACUUAUUUUACUAGGGGAACGGUUGGUUCUUGCUACGCUUGGUUUUGACCUUAAUAUGCACCAUCCUUACAAACCCCUGGUCGAAGCAAUAAAAAAGUUCAAGGUUGCACAGAAUGCUCUUGCUCAAGUUGCUUGGAAUUUUGUUAAUGACGGGCUCCGAACAGCGCUCUGCCUGCAGUAUAAAUCACAUCAUAUAGCAGCUGGUGCCAUUUUUCUUGCUGCUAAGUUUCUCAAGGUCAAGCUGCCAUCUGAUGGCGAGAAGGUCUGGUGGCAAGAAUUCGAUGUCACUCCCCGGCAAUUGGAAGAUGUUAGCAAUCAAAUGUUGGAGCUUUAUGAACAAAACCGUCCCCUGCAAUCUUCUCAUGCAAACGAAGCCGAGGGAAACACAGGCGGUGGUAGCACUCAGGCCGUAGCAGCAACCUCAACUCUUACCGAGAAUUCGAUAUCUCCAAAUGUUCCUGCUCAAGAUGCUACUGCAGCUGUUUAUACGAAGCCAGGAGCACAAGAGUCAGGAUAUGCUGAUAGCCACAAUAAUGUGCGGCAAUAUACACAGAAAGGCAAUAGAAACGGCAGUUCCGAUACUAAAGGUGGUGUUUGGGACCAUAAUUUGGACAAUGAAGACAAGGAUUAUUCAAAUUUGGAUGACUCUGUAUGUGAAGCAGCAAUGAAUGUAAAGAGCAGAGCAACAGAGGUGAAAGAAACUAAGGAUGAAAAGUUAUUGUUUAAGCCUGGAAUCUCAGGUGGUCGGAACAAUAAGUACGGUGAGGCCGCAAAAGGCUACAGUCCUUCAGAAGCCAUCACGAAGAUUGAUAAAGAUAAAGUGAAAGCCGCUUUAGAGAAGAGGCGGAAGCUUGGUAAUGGUGUGGUCAAGAAGAACGACAUAAUAGAUGAAGACGACCUCAUCGAGAAGGAGCUUGAAGAUGGGAUUGAGCUCGCAGACGAUGAAAAUAAAAGACAGCAAUCAGCUUAUGGAAAGAGAAAGGGUGAGUAUUUUGAUCGGCAAAAUAGGGUACAUCUUGAUCGAAGUUUCGAAAUGGAGUUUGAGAGUGCCGAGGAAGGAGAGCUGUCGUCUAUGACGAACAUGAACUCGUUCUAAAAUAAAGUAUUGACAACUGAUGCGAAAGAUGUGCCUGCUCCGGAAUCAUUAUGUGUUAAUACUGAGAAACUUGCGCCACUCGUCUCAAGGGACAGCUAAAAUGAAACAGUCCAAUUAUAAUCCAAAUUUAUCACAAAUGAAAGUGAGACUUGCUAUGAGGUGUCAAAUUCUGUAUGGUUUAAGUAACGAAGGAGUUUCGUUCGACUUUUGUUCUCUUCUUUGUCAACAACAAUGUUGAUUAUCAUUUGAUAGAUCCACUGGAUCAAGAGAAAGUAAUAUGUUACCUGAGCGGUGCUUUACAGAUUUUGCUAAGCUAAGAAAUGUUUAUUGAGAUGUGUAUUGGAUAGUUGAUCUUUUAUAUAAAAUCCCACCUUGCUAGCAA